ACCACCAUACCGGCCAAGAAGAAAAUUCCACGGUGCUACGUUGACUACUUGACCCAUAGGACACUCAGUCAUCGUACAGCUUGCUGUAAUUGGGACCCGGGGCUCACCACUGUGCACUAUGCCCCGCACCGCUCGAAUACACUUCGUAUCGUUGAAAUCUUCGCUUGUGAACCUGCCCAUAGCUGUCUAUGGUCCGCUAGUUGAAAGAGGCGUGCGUCCGCAGUCUUUGGUCGUCCAUCUCUCUUCCGUCUCGCCGAGAAGUAAUGGGACCUUCGACAAGAACGCUAAACCAGUCGAAGCGUAUGUCGGGUGGACAGGAUUGGCAUCUUCCUCCUCACUCUCGCGCUUCGCCGAGGGCUCUGCUUCUACCUCACGAGAGGCGGUGCAAGAGACGGUUGAGAUUGAUCCUCAGUUUGCACAAGGAUUGGGACUUACUGCUGGCAAAAUCGUGAACCUCUCUCUGUUAUACGACCUGGGCACAGCACAGAGCGUUGGAACAGAACCUGUUAGUGCCGAUGACUGGGAGAUCAUCGAACUGCAUGGAUCUCACAUCGAAUCAACACUACUUCAACAAGCUCGGGUAGCGGCCGUUGGGCAAGAGCUAGACGUAUGGGUGCUGGGACGCACUCGAGUUCGGCUCCGAGUUGUCUCUCUUGCGCCGGAACCAAAGACGCACAAGGCACUCCUGUUGACGGCGGAUACAGAGGUAUCCGUUGCGCCCAAGAUACGAUCAAAGCCGCAAGCUGGUCAGGCCAGAACUAGGCCAUCUCGAGAGAUAUCGCAGGCGAACGGGUCCACCUCAAGUGCACCCACUGAGAAGGAGGAACGACGUACGAUCAGUGGCAUCCAGCGGGUUCUUCCUCCCCGACUUGCGAGGGGCAAAUCAAUUUCGAUACCCGAGGGCUAUGAAGGCCGCGGUUUUCUAUACGUGUCCGCCCGGACAUACGAGGUGCUCACUGGCUGUAGUCCUCUCUCUGCACGUUCGAAGGAUGGAGGGAGGGCUUUGCGCGUGUUUUAUUCUGCCAAAGUCACUAUUCUCAGUUCGCCGUCAGAACCGAUGACAUCGGCGUCAGCCCCCUCCGCCACACCCCCGGCAACCAAAGUGCUGAAUCCCGUAGGCUCGAAGGGAAAGGCAGAUGGCUCUUCUUCUGAUCACGAGACAAAUGGCCCUCAAGACUUGCUGUUGGGAUGGGCCGAAGGCGUGCCCGAGAAACAUGUCCUGCUUGAAGACACCACACUAGAUGUGCAAGAAUGGGACCUCGUUCGGGUUACUGUAGAUCGUGCAAAAUUAACGGUCAUACCGAUCUUUACGGCUAACGAAGAUGAUUCAAAUGCUGACAAACGCGAAGCAGACGCUUCACCUGUGACUCUCGCAGGAGUCAAGGACAUACUUAUAAAAGGUGCUGAUUUCUGUCGCACGAAGUUUGCGGUGCAUGGAAUGGACAGUGUAGUUUUUGGCGUUCCUGGUUUAUUGAUCACCGGAAAAUCGGGUUCCGGAAAGACAUCAAUUGCACAAGCUAUUGCCCGGUCGUUGCAAGAUCAAUACGCAUAUCAUCAUUAUGUCGAUGCAUCGCGCCACGCAGAAAAACCUGUAGGCGCGCUGCAGAAGCUAUUCAAGUAUUGGCAUGACAAGGCUCUAUGGCAUCGACCUUCGGUCCUUGUCCUCGAUAACAUCGACAAACUUUUGAGUGCAGAGCUCGAGCAUACGGACUCGUUCAGGGACCGUCAUGUUGCAGAGUUGUUCUUGUCCGAAUUCGGUUCCGCUGCACGCCCACAUUCGAUCAACAACCGAGGCAUCGUUCUAAUCGCCACCGCCGAGUCAUCCGUUGCUCUUCAUCCAGUUUUGGGCACCGCGCACCUUUUUGGCGAGACCAUCAAUCUCAAACCACCGAACAAGGAAGCAAGGAGAGAUAUACUCGCCAAUGUCGUGCAACGCCGAAUGUCUUCGGCGCACAACCUUUCCGAAGAACCCUCCACCCCGUUGAAUUACACUGCCCUUGCGACGCAGACCGAAGGUUACUCCGCCAUUGAUCUGCACGAUCUCGUGGCCAGGGCCGUGCACCAAGCCACUAUCAGGUCUCAGGGCGACGAGGACUCAGAUGGCGCGCUCAUUUGUUUGGGAAUGGACGAUUUCGCAUCGGCUCAGGUUGAUUUUGUCCCCUUGUCUCUGCGAGACGUUAAGCUGCAGAAGUCGGAGGUAGCGUGGUCUGACAUCGGAGGUCUCCACGCGCCGAAGCGUAUUUUACGGGAAACACUUGAAUGGCCAACUCGAUACGGACCGAUAUUCGCGCAGUCGCCACUUCGAUUACGCUCGGGUAUACUGCUCUACGGCUUUCCGGGAUGCGGCAAGACUCUACUGGCAUCCGCUGUAGCAAGAGAGUGUGGUCUUAACUUCAUCAGUGUGAAAGGUCCCGAGAUUCUGAACAAGUACAUUGGCGCGAGCGAGCAAUCUGUGCGCGAUUUGUUCGAACGCGCGAGUGCAGCAAAACCAUGCGUUCUGUUCUUCGACGAGUUUGAGUCGAUCGCACCAAAACGAGGUCACGACAGCACCGGUGUUACCGACAGAGUGGUGAACCAAAUGCUUACGCAGAUGGAUGGAGCCGAAGGUCUAGACGGAGUUUACGUUUUAGCGGCUACUAGCCGUCCAGAUCUGAUCGAUUCCGCCCUCCUUCGUCCAGGUCGCCUGGACAAAUCAGUGCUAUGUGACAUGCCCAAUCUUGACGAACGGAGAGAGAUAUUAGAAUCCAUCUCCAAGAAGAUGCAUAUGUCAUCAGACGUUGACCUUGACGAGUGGGCGCGCCUCACGGAUGGGUAUUCGGGCGCUGAUCUUCAGGCGUUGAUAUACAAUGCCCAUCUGGACGUCAUCCACUCCUCGAUCCCAGUCUCAAAUGGCGCAGCAUUGAAUACCCCUGACGACGCGUCGUACUUGAAGUUCGUCAAACUCGGACGACAAGGGGGGAAAAGUGUGCUGUCUCGCGCACAGGAAACGGCGAUGCAAAGACGUCUCGCUCAGAUGCUGUCGUCGUCUUCCAGGACUGCGCGGUUUUCAGCCCCUCGCGAGACGACGCCCAAGCAGGAGAUUACGGAUACUCACUUACGGCGAGUGCUACAGACCACCCGGCCAUCUGUCGCCCCUGAAGAGCGCCAACGUUUGCAGUUCAUUUAUCACGAUUUCGUCGACGACCGCAGUGGGGAUCUACCACGUCCGCCGGAACCUCUUGGGAUCGGUAUCCGAGCGACGUUAGCCUGA